AGAUCUUGCUUCGCGUUUUUUGUUCUUAAAAUCGUCUGACUGGCUGAAACAGCAUUGAAAGGACCUGAAGUGGGAAAACUGUGACGCAAUCAACAACAACACGGAUGUUUUAAGCUUAUAGUCAGUUUGUGGUCAUUUCAUGUUAUACGUUGACUAAUUGAAAUUACAGGUACGUAAAAAUAAUACCUAUACUCUAAGUUGCUGACAUGAGAGAAAUUGUUGUUGCGUAAACACCAGAAAUGAAAUAAGGGUUUGUGUGGACAUUUUAGUGGUCGUCAUCUAGGAGUAACAGCGCGGUAACAGCAAAUUUUAUUUUCGGCGGUUGUUCCAACAGCAGAGCUAAUAAAACUCGCUGGAAUCGCGCUGAAACGGGCAGAUAUGCUGCCGCGACACACCAUAACUAAGACAGGAAGAAAGGUAAGAAGUUCUAAUGUAUUUUUAUAGUUAUUUUUGACCCCCUAUUGAACGAUCAUCAAAACCCCCACACAAAUCCUCAGAGCCCUUAUAACAUUUCUAGUAGCUUUUUCCAGUCAUGAUUCUCGCUCGUGGUGCUAGGGAACUUGUGCUGAUUUGUAAUUCUUUUCAGUAGCAAGGGACUUAUUGAGGAGACGACCAUUUGUUCAUUAACAAGAAUACAGACUUUUCUACCCAUCUUUCAUUAAGAUUAAUCAGUGUGGUGACUGUCGGGAGAGAAUUUAUUUAAUGAUAUUUUCAUUUCCAGUCAUUGAUUCCUAUUUGCGGUUCAUCACGACGUAAGCGAUAGACACUUUAAAAAUCGGUAUGAGUAUAUGUGAGUACGAUCUAUUGUCAUGUCCGACCCAAAAAUGGCGGACCCUAUGUUUGCCUUUAAAACUAGCCAUGGUUUAGCAUAUUUGAGCUUUAAGUUGCCGAGAUAGCUCAGUUGGGAGAGCGUCAGACUGAAGAUCUGAAGGUCCCUGGUUCAAAUCCGGAGAGUUCGCAUGAGCUCUGAAUAAUCCCAGGUUUCGGCAAUCACUUUUUAACUUAUUUUUACCCUUUUAUUGAUUUUCUGCCGGGUGGGUUAUCCAGCUAAAAAUGUUUACUAGCAGUAGAUGUUCAGCCGACAGUCAAAUCUCUCAGAGAUCUGCUAUUCAUUACUGACACCAGGCCUUUACUGAUGGAUAAAACUCGGCGAAAAGUCAAAAUUAUAAAGAAAAAGUUAUCAACCGGUAACAAUCAACUCUCAUUAUUACGGAUUACACUGAAUUCCGUUCGUCGGCGCAGUUCCAUCAUGUUUCAAACUGAUUUCUACCUUGUUUACGAUUACAAGGAAAAAAUACAUUUCCCUUUUUAAUACGCACAUCCUCGGUCGGACAUUAGCGGAAAUUUUCACUUUUCAAUUUACCAAUAGGACAUUGUUCGCUUGCGGGCUUAUUUGGCAAUGUUUAUAACUUGAAAAAGAAGUUCGUCGUUGUUAAAACAAUGAGCAAUUGUUCCGGUCGCCUUUCUUAAUGUAGGGCAUUUACGUCACGUGACUAAUAUUAAUGGUAAUUCAAAUUCUUCAAACGAAAAUAGGGAACAGGAAAUCAGAUGGUAAAACUUAACAAAAAUUGCCAUUUAGUUUAUCGAAAACUUCUCCAUAUUUGCAGAAAAAGACAACUUAAGUUAUAUACACUUGAUGUAAAGUAGAUAAAGCAGAAUUCUUUAGAAUAUCCUCCUAAACCGUCACAUUCCUUUAUGGCUAAUUUAAAAUUGCUCCCUAUAACCACAUGCCAUGAGGCCUCUCGUGUCGGCUUCUGUUUGGCAAACCCAGAAAUAAAUUACACACUUUAACCAACUUCUAAGCCCCCAUCACCCAGAGGGGAGGGAGGGGGGACUAUCGUGACAUUUAACCCAAUUAAGGAUCAAAAAAUCCAGUAAGGAUACUAUACAUCCCAAAAACCAUACCAUAUGCCACAUAUGAAUGUACCUCCGGGGUAAACCCUGAUUAAAACUAUUAAUUAGCUAGUUGACGCGACAAUAGUCCAGUUUCGAAUUUAAAAUUACCGCUGAAUACAAACAUUAACGACACAUUCAUACAGGGUUAGCCUCGACGUAAAGUAAAAUAUUCAGAAAUUCUGGCAAGUAAGUGUUUGAAAUUUGAAUAUACACAAUAGACAGGUCUUUUUCUCGUUGGAAUUUGUGAAUAUAUUACUUCAGAUGGAGGCUAAGGCUGUAAAAAAUGCGUCUUCACUUCUUUAAUUCAGCGGUCAUAGCGAACUCGAAAAUGGACUAUUACGACCCACAGUGCUUUCCGUCCCGGACCUCAUUUAAAUCAUCACGUCCGUGAGAAUAAAGGAGACCUAGGGAUUAGUUUGCUGGAAAGAGUGUUGCUUGUUCGCGUGGAUUCAGUCCAAAUCAAAUAACUCUGGUCGCAAUACGAGGUGAGUUGAAACUUGGGCUUCCCCUUAUAUUUUAUUUGGUUUUUUUUUGUUAUCCUGUAUAGAUAGCAAAAAUACAUUUGUACAAUUUCAAAGAUUAUUUAGCAAAGGUUUGAAAAUGUACCAUGCAUAGCGGAAAAAUAUUAAUCUAACAGUAAUUUUGAAUAGGCACAUAAAAUCAACUGGCAGAGUAGUAUAGGCGUAACAAGGUUUUCAAUUAAAAGCAAUUCAAAAGAACGUAGAAGCUCUUGUUAAAAGCUAUUAGAUGAAGAGUAAGCAGCGAAACGUUGACACGUUCAGCUCUGGAGAAAAAAAAUUCUUUUCAACUGACAAAAAUAAGGCGUGCCUGAAAUGUUUAGAAUGUAAUAGGGGAAAUGGAAAUUCAUAAAAUCGGUUUUACGGAUCUCUAGGCGUAUUGUAACUUCAUCAUAUUCUUAGGUCCGAUAUAUUUCGAGUUGGAUAUUUCGGGCAAAUGCAGAAAACGGAUCACAAAAAAAUAAGCUUUUGCGGCGAACUUAACGUGAUAAAGCUCAUGUUGUAUAAACCGCGAAAUUUAAUUUUUGCCUCCGCCCUCCCCGCCGCCAAAAAAAAAAUGAUCUUGAAUACCCGGUGCAUAUUUUCAUAAAACAAAAGAAAUUUUUUGGCCGAGUAGGUACCCUGACGUUGAUGUUACUUCCUUAGGGUUUACAGAAAAAUAUUUUUUCUUCCUAAGUGGUUCUCGUCAACAGACAAUCCAACCGAAUAUUCCAUCUCUCUCCCGAAGCAUUUAAAAAAUUCAAAGCCGGAACUUAAAGCUGCAUUAAUAAAGGAAAAAAAAGGUUUACAUUUUUAUUUUUCAUUACUUUUUCACAACAGAUAAAGUGAAGUUUACGAUCAACUUUUGAAGGGCUCUAGCAUCUUUGCUAGUAUUGUAUUCUGUUAAGUUUUCAUGUGAAAAGAGGUAAUAAAUCACCAUCUUUGGGUCGUGAAACAAAUAACCGUGUGCGAAAAAAUAAUGUGCUCGCGGACCAAAGUUCGAGAUAAUCUGCCAAAGGAAUGCAAAAAUGACAAACAAUGCAUCCCACAGUUUUGUCGAGGAUCAAGGAGUAUUUUGACAUGUCGAGACAUGGGAGACUUCUUGUCAUUAUUAAACACUUUGUGAAAGUCUACUCACCAAUUAAAGUUGAUGGUACUUAAUAUUUUAGCUGGAUUUCAUAUAAUGAUUUCAGAUUUCCUUCACCUUUUUGUUAAACCUUUUUAUCAUUUAUUAGAACACAAUUAAAAAUUAAGGUUAUUCAAUGAACUAGCUCAAUUUUAGAUUUUAUUCAAAUGGUUCAGAAAGCCACAGUUAUUACGUAGAGGAGACUGGUUAUGAAAAGCGGCAAACAUCAAUGAUAAAAACAACAGUGCAGCAGUUUAUGUUGGAAGCACCCUGAAGUGCACAAUCAUUUGUUUUCUGUUGGCAAAUUUGUUUGGAAUAAAUUAAUGCAACGUUUUUAUUGGUCAAUACAAUCAAAAUGAUAGGAAUUCUUUUGAACGUUGUGCACUUUCAGGUCCACAAAAACAUAUAACAAAGGAGUCUGACGGGUUUCAUAACCAUUCCACUCAAUCCAACGCAGUGAUAAUUAUGGUUUUGACAACUAUUCAGUGAAUGGGCGGAGUCAUUUGACAGCCCAGCCUGAAAGGUCAAUUAUUUUUCUCCUCUCCUCAUUUGCACCAUAUAACCUUGAAAGUUGUCACGGCUUUGAAACUGAGAAUCUCCUUCAACCAAGAGGUGAUUAUUAAGACAUGUAGAGUGGCCUCUUGAUUUUAGUUCCUUGUAUUUCAAUGGCCUCUUAAUGAACUUUGGCCCUCUGAAUGAGACGGCUCAAAACACACCGUAUGUACUGUAUAAUAUUAUGGGAAAUAAUAAACUCAAACUCAAACUCAACUCAAAGGAUAACUCGGCAUUAACCUUGACUUCGUAAGUUUGGUUGUUGAAGGCAACCCACUGAUUAAAAGGUACGCUGGCCUAUAGCACUGCAGUAACAAGCUUCUGAAGAGCAUUUAAAUUCUUGUAAGGUGAAACAGAACAUUGCAAAAUAAGGACAACAAAAAAGUGCUUUAUUACCCAUGGUUUCUUUUAAAAUAUUUGCAUCACAUGCGAAAUCAAUCUUUAAUACUGAAACUUCAAAAUCACCUGCACUUGUAAUGAUAUCGGCUUCAAUUCAUGCAGAAUUUGGUUCGAUCAUAAGCAAUUACUAAGGGCGUCAGCUAACACUUUAAUUUUUAUGAAAUAAAUAUCUACAGAUAUUUUGUCACAACCCACCUGCAUUGGUUUGAUUCGUUAAUUAUCUCGAUGUCGUGUAAUAAUUUUGUGCUCCACUAAAUAAACAUAUGUGUUAUAAGAAACGAAAAGUACCGAUGGAAACGUGUGAAGAGGAAAUGAUUCUUCUGAUGAUGCUCACCGAAACUCGCAUGUGGAUUUGAAAAAAAUUUCAGUGACAAAAUGAAAAAAAGUGAUUCAUAAUCUGAAAUUUAAGAAAGCUCAAGCCUUACUACAGUACAGAAAGGAAGGAGACACGCGAAAAAAGCGGUAACUGGAUUCGGGUUAUCAAUGGGAGUUUCAUAAAAAAUAUCGUUAACACUUCCAUCACCUGGCGAGACGGUGGUUGAUCAAUUUGUCAACGAUUUUUCACUAUAUUACUUUGCCAGAGGGGUAAAUAUUGUGAUAAUGGCUUUUUGAAUUUAGCAGAUAACCCCAGCCAAAAUAACCAAAUGUCGGAAAAUAGGAAGUAAUUAAAUCGAGUAAUAGUUGCAUAUGUAACUUGUCAAAGUCCUCGACAUUAAAGAAACCCAGUGCUUUUGAAUCAAGCAAAGCUGCUUGGUAAAACAAUAUCUAUUGCUUUACUAAGUAAUUAUCGGAAUCAUGGUGAUAUUGUGAAAUUUAUUGUUACAGGACUCGAGGCAAGUAAAAUCACUAUGUCAAUUGUUGACACGAAUUAAGUUAAGAUAUUAUUUUGACAACGUAACAUUAAAGUUGUAUUGAGUAUCAUACCUUCUACUUGUUUAAGUUCGUUUUGGUCAAAAUAUAUUGCCCACAACUCAGUUCAACUCUACUUUCUCUGAACUGAAGGUCAAAGGGCCUAGUGCUUAAAAGUACAGGGCGAAAGGUAAGUCUUGUAAAAAACAGCAAAAAGUAAAAAUCCUGUUUCGCAACAGGUAUCACACAGAAAAGCAAAAGCGAUCGAGAAAACUUGAAAAUGCUGCUUCCGAUUCAUUCAAUAGCUGGGAUUAGGAUGAUUCUGGGAGGUAUGCGGGUUUUUAGUGCUAUAACAUCGGAUGCACAGUCGGACCCCGCUUUACAGACACGGACACCUCCUUAUUACGGACAGUUGUCUUUGUCCCUGGAGCGAGCCCUUACAUUUUCUCUAAAUUUAACCCGGACACCCGUGAAUGCGGACAACGGACACCUGUUUCUUGUCCAGUCAACAGAACUGAUCUCAUAGAAAGUCAACCUCCCUAAUGCAGACACCUAUCAACUGUUUGCUGUAAUCUCAGUAGACGUCAAUUUCAGACUAUUUUGGCAUCAAUCGAGUUAUGCAGAGGACGGUUAUGUUUAAUGCAUGCACGUACUGAAUAAAUAGAUGAGCGAUUUCUAGUGUUUCCGUGUAUUAAGUUCGGGGUAUGACGGCUUUGUGAAGGUUAGAGAUGUACAAUUUGACGCUGCUUAUGUCCUCAUUAAUUUCUUUAGUAUUUUACUCCAAUGAAAGGUGUCUUUUUGACUUCAAUAACAUGACCCGGUUAAUACGGGCACCCCGUUAAUACGGACACUUUCUGUGGCCCUUUCAGGAUCCGUAUUAACGGGUUUUGACUGUACCUUCAAGAACAAGAGAACCGCCCUUAUAAAGAAUUAAGUCCGUAUUAUGGACCGGCAACCCGCACGAGAAGACUCAACUGGACACGACUGCACAAGGUUUCAAAAGCAUUAGUAUAGUGAACUGAAAGUUUUCCUGAUGUUCACGCCUGAACAUGCGAGAGAGAGCAGCUUUCGUCUUACACAACCGCAUGUCAGUCCUUUCGCUACUUUGAUGCUUUCACACUGAGGGAUUAACCUAUACUGAAUUAUACAAUAGGUUGAUCUUUCUAUUUAAAAAAAGCCUGAGGUGAUAACCAAAUCGUUCCAGUCAUAUUUAUAGUCACUUAAGGCGCAAUCAAGGACGUCGGCCAAUAACAAUCUGUAUUCACCCAGUUGGCUGAAUGAUCUCCACGCCGAAAGGACAAUUUAUCACGCGUCUGGACUACCGGAUGAUUAAGGACAGGACGCCAUUACAGUUGGAAGGAAAUAUCCCUAUCACCGGCCUAACUAAAAAGCAAUACUUCGCUCGGGCCGUUUUUUUCUUUUAUCAACGGUGCUACCUCACAUUUGAACCUGAAAUGACGACCCAGAGUACGAACAUUUGAUCCCAAGAAGAAUUUUCCGAGUUCUCCCCUUCAUUCGGCGCUUCGAGUCAUACGGUAUUGAAUCGGUUCAGUCUAGAGAGGAUAAAACUUUAUCCUCUCUUGGGAGACAACUUCUAUCACAUUUGCUAUCGGUCUCGUUCUAAUGAUUCCACCCGUGGGUUUGCAAUCGCAAAUCUGAGGAAAGCGUUUUCCGUAAUUAUAGGUUUUAUAACGAGUACUUUUAACGACAUUCGCUUUCUCCGAUUAGCAAACGUUUAAAUAAGGAACUCCGCUGGUAGAACCUUCAUUGGACUCACAGUCGGAAAGAACCAAAAAAACUUUUAAGGCCAAGGAAAAAGCUGAAGGAAGCCAACAGAGAGUAGGUUCUGUUUUUAGCCGUUUUAAUAGCAGCAAAUUUUCCUUAAAAGGUACCUUGCAUGCACUACAUAUAAAGACACUUUCCAUUCUCAAUUCUGAACGUUUUAUUUCAACGAAAAAUCCAUGCCUAAAAUUUUUCGCAUUUAAAUUAGGAGCAUGACUGGUACUAAAUAUUAAGAGCCAAACUGUACGUUUCUCAGAAAAAAAAGCGUUUUUCUGUUUUGGGUGACAGAAAUGGCAUAUCAUGACGACGAAAGGCAACCAAUCUCUUGGGGACUAUUGUCCAAAUUUUUUCACAUAUAUAGCACGGUUAUGUCAAGUUACUGCUUGAAGACUUUUCCCCAGAAAUGGCCACACAAGAUAGGAUAAUGGGCCACUAAGUGCUCAUAGCAAGAUAAUGAAUGGUGUACUAUUAAGUGUGGCCUAAUGUGUCGCAUGGCUCAAAGAGGAUGGGUUAAGGUGCAUGUACAGUAGAACAUCGAUAACUCGAACUUGGAUAACCCGAAUUCCCCGUUAACUCAAACUAGAUUUCCUUUCCCUUUCACUGAAAUAAACCCCGAUAACUCGAAUUCCCCACUAACUCGAACUGUUUUUCGUUUUCCUUCAGAGUUCGAGUUACCGCGAUUCUACUGUAUUUAUAAGAAAAUUGCUCUUACACAGUAUUUUUUUGUUCCUUUUCUUUGCAAGGAAAAUAAUGAAUCCCAAGACAUUUGUUUGCAUCGUUUUAAUGAUAGCCCUGACGUCUGCAGUCUGUUCAGCCAGGCGAAGUUCCAAUAAAGCUCUGCCCUUCCGACAGCUUCUCCAUGAAUCUAAAAACGAGGACAGCAGAAUACCUGAGGAGGUAAGAUAACAUGGUCUGAUGUGCGCGGCUAAAAAAAACAUGAUCUCAUAGGAAUUAAAGGCACGUCACGGGUCCAGAAAAAUUUCUUCUACACCCUUUCAGUAGAACCAGAAGCCCAUAUAAUAGGUUCCUUGGCCCCUCCAAACAGAAAGAUCAAUGCCAUUGCUGGGGCCAACAAUGUCGGCAGUUGGGGAAGGAUAAGUUUCAGUCCGAGAUAAAGGGCGCUGUCGUCCGGUUUGAAUUUUCGGCAACUUCCAGUAGCGAAUGGAACAGCAUUUUCCAAAAUUUUCAAAAAGAGGACAACCUCGCGAGUUACACCCAAAUUUCCGGUAACUUUUUCCCAGAAGUUUUCCUUCCUUCAACUUUGCUCCCGGAAUUUCUAGAAUUUUCGGUUGAAUGGUUCGCAUUUCGGAAAUUCGAAUUUCCGGAAACUCUUCCGGGAAAUUUCUGUAUACCAUUUACCGCAAUUUCCAAAUUUUAGAAAGUUUUAAUGGAAAAAGCCCAAAAUUUGAACCAUAUCACUUCGCAAAGCUCGGACUCUCCUUUCAUGUGAGGCUGAGAAAACAGCCGACAUUUAUCAAGUCACCAGGAGUAAAAAAAAGGACAUAGCUACUAGGAAAGAGGUUUAGAAAUGCCAUAUAUAUUAUCAUAAAAUUAUAACGACCAUAGCUUUGAUUUGUUUUAUGAAUUAUCAGUUAUUUGGGAAGCCAUACCAAUCGCUCCAGUAUCCUGACAACUCGCGGGAAGUAGUUCCUGGGGCGGUUUCAAAAACUCGGCUUCCCUUCAUUUUUUUUUUCUUAACCUACUUCCUAUGGGUGGGUGUUUGGAAAAAGAACGGAACAAUCUGUGAGUCUGUAAUUUUACGUAAAUAUUUUUCUUUUUUGUUUCAUGUUUCUCUAGACUCCUUUUAUGAAGUCCAAAAGAGACGUCUGCGAUUAUAUUGAUCAUUCCUGCACAGAUACUACGGUUAGAGCAGCCUGUACUAAUCCCUCUAACACAUGCGAAGGCAUCGAAGUCGAGUGCUAUCCUGACCAAGAUGGCGACUGUGUGUUGUCUAGUUCCAACUCAUACAGGCGAUAAAUAAGAAACAUAACUGAAGGAAGAAAGAACUAAGAAGUACAGUCUUAAUUAUCUUCAUUAUAAAUAAAGUUGACUUUAGUUUCAAUGUCAGACAGUGUAAUAAACGAAC